CGAACAAACUUAUUUUUAGAAGUAAACAAGUGGGUGCUUUACUUUAUUUGAUUUAUUUAAAAAUUACAUAAUUACUUCGUGAUAAGAUAGUCUGAUUUACGUGAUUCGCUCACAACAGGAGGUCUUUUAAUAGUGCUAGUCGCUUAUCCUGACAAACAAAAUGAAUUUCGCUGGAAAAGUAGUGAUUGUUACCGGCGCCAGUUCCGGCAUUGGAGCCGCCACGGCGGUAUUUUUAUCAAAACUCGGCGCCAAGCUCUCCUUGACUGGAAGAAACGUCGAGAACCUGCAGAAAGUGAGCAAAGACUGUGAGAAGUCGACCGCUACCUUCUCAAUUGCUGCGGAUUUGACAAAGGAGCAUGACAUCGAGAACAUUAUCAAGAACACGGUGGAUCAUUAUGGCCAGCUCGACGUGUUGGUCAAUAACGCAGGUAUUAUUGAGACCGGGACCAUCGAGAACACCUCUCUUGCGCAGUAUGACCGCCUGAUGAACACUAACGUCCGGUCAAUAUACUAUCUCACGAUGUUGGCUGUGCCUCAUCUCUUAAAAACGAAGGGUAACAUCGUCAAUGUGUCCAGUGUGAAUGGCAUACGGUCUUUCCCCGGUGUCCUCGCGUACAACAUUUCCAAGGCAUCAGUGGACCAGUUAACUAGAUGUGUAGCUUUAGAAUUAGCUCCUAAAGGUGUGCGAGUAAACUGUGUCAACCCUGGAGUGAUUCUGACCGAGUUGCAGCGCCGCGGUGGGUUGAGUGAGGAGCAAUAUGCUGCUUUCUUGGAAAGGACAAAGGAGACACAUGCUCUUGGUCGUCCCGGCAAGCCUGAUGAGGUUGCUGCUACUAUUGCGUUCCUUGCCAGUGACUUGGCAAGUAACAUCACAGGUGCCAGUGUGCCAGUUGAUGGUGGCCGUCAUGCCAUGUGCCCUCGCUAAGGGAUUAAUUGUUAUGUAAAUGUGUGCCUUAUUAUUUUGUUAUAUUAGUGGAUAAGGAGAAUAUUUUACAAAUUUAUCACACGUCAUUUAAAAGCAUUUUAUAAUGGUGUUCAAUAUUUUUUAAUAAAUUUAUAUUGUUUGCAA